AUGGCCGAAGCACAAAGCCCCCUCGUGGCCGUCAAGGUCGAGGCUCUGGUGGUGAUGAAAAUCAUCAAGCACUGCAACCAGACCUUCCCUACAACCGCGACUGGCUUCCUUGUUGGUAUGGAUAUCGACAACACCCUCGAACUCACCAACUCUUUCCCUUUCCCCGUGGUUGAGAUGCCCACCGAGUCGCACUUCGACAACGCCGCGCCCAACCCGGCUGCCGCUGCUCCCCGCGCCAAGGGAAACGUUGCUUACCAGGCCGAGAUGAUUCGCAUGAUCCGUGAGGUCAACGUUGACGCCAACAAUGUCGGAUGGUACACCAGCGCCAACAUGGGCAACUUUGUCAACAUGAACGUGAUUGAGAACCAAUUUUACUACCAGAAGGAGUUGAACGAGCGCACAGUCGCCUUUGUUCACGACGUCAGCCGUAGCGCCCAGGGUGCUCUCAGCCUGCGUGCUUUCCGUCUUUCCGCCAAGUUCAUUGAGGCGUUCAAGGAGAACAAGUUCAACUCAGAGGAGCUGCAAAAGUCCAACCUUCGCUACCAAGACAUCUUCGACGAGCUCCCCGUUGAGAUCCACAACUCGCACCUGAUUACUUCCUUCAUCCACCAGCUGCAGACCCCCAGCAACUCUGGUCCCACCGAACUUCCCGCCUCUCUGGCCGCCCUCGAGGCCAGCCCAUUCUCCCAAUCCUCCACUCUCACCCCCAACCUUGACAACCUGUCCCUGAGCAUCGACCCAUUCCUCGAGAAGAACUGCGAUCUCUUGCUGGACAGCAUCGAGACCCACAACACCGAGGUCAACAACUACCAGUACUACCAGCGUGUUCUGGGCCGUGAGCAGCAGAAGAUCAACAACUGGAAGCAGAAGCGCGCCCAGGAGAACGCCACCCGCGCCACCCUCAAGCAGCCUCUUCUCCCCGAGGACGAGUGGCAGCGUCUGUUCAAGCUCCCCGCCGAGCCCAGCCGGCUGGAGAGCAUGCUCAACACCCGCCAGGUCGAGCAGUUCUCGCGCCAGGUUGACAGCUUUGUUUCCUCGACUACUGGCAAGAUGUUCGCUGUCAAGGGUAACUUGCUGCCCGGUGAGACUGCGAAAUAG